GAAUGCAUUAAUCGACGGGAAUCUUUCUAUAUCUGUCUAAAGAUUGGUCGAAGGCUUUCAUUUCAUUUACAAUUGAAAUCGUGUAAUGAAAAAAAAAAAUUACAACUACUGAAGAAAUAUGGACUUGUUGAUUCAUUUCUCUCGCCUUAUCGAGAUGGAGUGAUUAUGCAACAAAUGUUAUUUUUAAAUCAAUAUAAAAUGAGACAAUGUAAUAAUGUGAUAUAUUUUCUAUUCUUUUCUAAUAAAUAGAAAUAUAUAUGUACACAUAUACUGCGCAUAUAAUGUUUACACUUGGACAAUUAUAUUUAUUAAACUAAUGAUAAUAUUAGUAAUUAUAAUAAAAUGUGAAUUAAUGGUUAAUUCUGUGAAAGUUAUCAUUUGAAUAGAGUGAUAUUCUACGCUGUGCGGUAUGUUUAUAAACAUAGUAUUCAAACAUGGAAAUAAAUUACGACGAGGAUGUAUCUCAAAAUCCAUUUCUAGAAAAACUUAGGAAUUAUUACGAACCAACUUUACGAUUAGCUGCACACAAAGGUUGGAUUGUCUGCGUACCUCGUUAUGGUACUUUUACAAAAGAUAUUUUAUACAAAGAAGAUGUAGAGGAACAUAUUUUGAUACCGGAUUAUGACAUGUCAGAAACUUCAUUUCGUUCUUUAAGCAAUAAAAAUGUCAAGCUCCAAAAUAGAAUAUUAACUAUAAAUUAUGAAACAUCUGAUUCAUAUUCUUUACGUUUACUUUUUGAGGAGACAUUUUAUAAUAAUGGUUCAUGGAAGUAUAAAAUAUGGUGCAUAGAAUGUCCUAUCAAUUGUGAAUCGCUAUCGUCGUAUAAUCAUUUGACUAUAGUAACGAAUCUACAAGAUGCCAUAAAUUUACUUUGGUCUGAAAUUAAUGAAAAAAUGUGCAAUACUUUAGAAUUAAAUUUAAAAGAAUUUCAGCAAAUGUACUCAAACAUUGAAGAUACGCCAUUAGAAACAUUGAAGGAUUCCGUCUUUCAAUUAUAUUCGAACUGCAUUGAAAUGAUACUGCAGGAUAAGAAGUUUAAUGAUACAAGUACUACUUCCACAUAUCUCAUUCAAAAUAUAAAAAUUGCAGUUGAAACAUAUAUAUUACAUGCAUUAAGAAAAAUUCUUCAAAAAUCAAUAUCUAUUUAUAUGGCUGAUGAUGAUGCUAAUUUAAAUAAAAUAAUAAGGAAUUUAACUGACUUAAAAUUUGAUGAUUUAGGAAUAAAUUUAGAUCUAUGUACCAAUAUUCACAGAGGAAAAUUAGAGUUAUCGCAUAUAGUUUGUUAUAUGACUGUCUUAGAAAAACUUCAAUGCCUUAGGAGAAGUAUUCGUUAUAUAUCUCAAGGAGUAUCUUCUAUUUCAUCGGAUGAUUUACUACCUAUACUAGUAUACCUUGUCAUCAAAACUAGUUUAUCAAAUUGGAUAGCACAAAUAACUUUUAUAAAAUAUUUUCGCUUCUCAGCAAGUAGUAUUAAUGAAGCGGAUGAACUUGCCUACCUAACAACAUCUUUAGAAGCAGCAGUGGAGUAUAUAAAAUCUGGUGCAUUAAUGGAAAAAAAUAGAAUUAGUCAGAUCUCUGAUUCGGAACAAAAACUACAAACUGAAAAUGAACAGCGCACAUCUUUGGAUUAUUUAUUUACAUGCAUAACGAAAGGUGAUUUAUCAGAAGUAGAAAAUUUAUUAUCAUCCGACCUUAUCAGCUUGUAUAAUCACAUUCCUUUAUGUCACCCAUUGUGUACUUGUGAGUCUUGUGAAGUAUCUUUAGCUAAAAAUCGUCUUUUAAAUCGACCAACAGUAUCCUCAAAAAACGAACACGGUUCAACUGCCCUACAUAUAGCCAGCUUCCAUGGAAAAGUAAAUAUUGUAGAUUAUCUUUUAAAUCAUGGAGCUGGCACUAACAUAACUGAUAAUGAUUUACACACGCCUCUUCAUUGCGCAUUGAUGAAAGGUCACCAAAAUAUAGUAUUAUUACUUUUACAUGCAAAUGCAAAUCCUAUAAUAGUAGAUAAUUAUGAAAAUACAGCAUUACAUCUAGCUUCUGAUCGUGGACAUGAAGAUUGUGUAAAAGCUUUGCUUUACUUUGCAGAACAUACAAAUUUAUAUCUUAAUGUUAAUUCUCCUAAUAUUGAUGGUGAUACACCACUACAUCGUGCAUCUAAGUGGGGAUACUUAGGUAUCAUAGAGGUUCUUCUAGAAUACGGAGCAGAUUACAAAAUCAAAAAUAAAUGGGGCCAAACAUCUUUUGAUGUUGCACAAGGUGAACGAGUUAAAAUACUAUUGCAACGUAUUGCACCAAAUGUUGUAGUUCCUUCUACCAUAAAAGUUCAUCAUUCAUCAACAAUUUUACAAUUAUCUUUAAAAACUGAAAAUAAACUAAAGUCUAAAUACUCAUCUGACAUGAAUAUUAGACAACAAAUCAACAAAUUAUUUUCUGCAAUUAGCGAAGGCGAUAUACACUUAACAAAUUACUACCUUGGAUGGAGUAAUCAAAAUGAACAAAUGACAGUAAGAUCAGAUCUUUGUCAUCCAUUAUGUUGCUGUGAACGAUGUGCUCCAAUGCAUGAAUAUUCCGAAAAAAAGAAUAAAAUACCAGCAGUAGUUUUUAGUUCUUACAAUGAUAAUGGCAAAACGGUUUUGCAUGUAGCGUCUACUGUUGGAUCUUUAGAAAUAAUUCAAUUACUUCUAGAUGCAGGAGCGGAUGUUAAUGUAACAACAAAAGUUGAAGGCCACACUCCAUUACAUUUAGCUUGUUCAGCUAAUAAAAUACAAGCGGUAAAAAUAAUUUUAGAUUGUGGAGUAUGCAAUAUAAAUGCCAAAGAUUCUAACGGAGAUACUCCUCUUCAUUUAGCAAUUAGAAAUGUCAAUAUAAGAAUCGUUGAAUUGCUAAUUCGAAGUGGUGCUAACACAAAUAUUCGUAAUUUACAGAAUGUAACACCGCGUUUACUGCUUGAAAAACAAAAUUCUAAAGAAGUUCUUAGAAUAUUAAAAUGUGACUCUUUAGAAUAUCCAAGUCAUUAUUUAUCAGGUAUUGAUUGAUUCAUUGAUUGAUAAAUAAUAAAAGUGUCAUCAUUCUAAAUUGAUCGAUUUCACUAAAGUGAUUAAGUUAUUGUCGCAUUAAUAGAAAUUAUUAGAAAUUUUAUUCUAUUGCUAUACUGUUUUUACAUUUUAUUUUUAUAUAUUUACA